AUGACUGGAAGAUUUUCCAAAGAAGCGAAAGGAAAAGGGAUUGUUUCUGACCCAUACCAAGCUCCCAGGACGGCUAGAAUCAAGGCCCAGCUACCUGACAACACAGAAGCGCUCCAGAAGUUCUCUCGCACUCUAAUCUGCAGGGUAAAAAACCAGACAACUCAAAAAGUCUGGUCUCUUAUUCCUUUCUUCACUGAACUUUGGAAAUCAGAUAAACGACCAGUUGGCUCAGACUUGGGCAAUGGCUUAUUCCAAUUCCAAUUUGAAAAGGAAACGGACCUGCUGGCUGUUCUCGAGAAAAAACCAUACCAUUAUGCUAAAUGGAUGGUCAUUGUCCAGAGAUGGGAGCUUACAGUGUCAAAAGAUUUUCCAUCUCUGAUACCGUUCUCGAUUAAAGUCCAAGUAAUUCCAAUUCAUCUCUGGUCGGAAGAGACAAUACAGUGA